AUGUGUACAACGGGGAGAGUAACAGUUAUGAAAUCAACGGACACGCCAGAUUUAAAGUCCACAUGUGCACAAGUUAUGUGCCGUCUUGGUAGUUUCAAGAAUUUACGGACCAGCAGCAGGCAAACGAAAAUGUUAUUGAAGCCGCGUAGGAGGAUAAAUAGCUUCCUUGGCCUUAUUAAUUACCCAAAGGUGUCUCAGAUGCGUUUUGAUACCUUUUUUAAAUGGUCUCACGUAUACGUUGAGUUCCGUUGUCUUCCAACGACUCUCGAGGCCAUUCAAACAUCACGGCUACCUCCUUCUAUUCAUGUAUUUCAUAAAUGUGACAGACACGGUGCUGCUCCUGCUCCUGCUCCUGCUCCUGCUGCUGCUUACUUACCAAGUAAGAGUGGAUUGGAUGCGGAUAGGACUCUCGAAGAUUUAUCAAGAAACGGAAACUUCAACUAUAUUGGCGAGGAAACGAGAGACCGGGCUACCGCUCGCAUUUCCGUGUUUGUCGCGCCAGCGACAUUCAACUUUAUUUAAUAAUAAUGACGAGAUGAUUGCUCAGCUGGCGGUGAUGGGCAGCGGAACUGGCGGCAGUGCUGGUGGGAGUCGUAUCAGCCGUGGCGGGCUUACUUUGCACAGAUCAAAUUCCAGUUUAGAAUUGCCCCACAGUCCAGAGCGUUCAGGACGUGUGACUGAUGCUCAGCCACUUCGACGGGAGUAUGGAUCCCACGGAAGCAUCGACGUGGUCGCCGGUCAGUGUAACCCACCAGGCGGGAAUUCCUCAGGCGAGCACAUCUUUACGAUGCUUCAAGAUUUCCGGAGCGGGCGAUCUUCUGCGGAUCGUCUGUACCCGCAUCAUCAUCAUCAUCAUCAUCACCACCACCACCAUCAACUUCAUCAUCACGGAGCUCUAGAUUCAAGUAUAUUCAAUGCGGGCACGUCUACCGAUGAAGUUUGUGGACCGACGUCGGCAUCCAGUCCCAAAGUUAGAUUAAAAAUCAACCGACUUUGGGGCGGUAAAGAGAGCCCGCCUGCUGGAGUCUCCACUCCGGCAACUGUUGUCUCGAGUGAUCUUGAGGAGCGACAUCGCCGGCGAGCGUUUGUGCACUACGACACCCAGUCAUUGACCGCUAAUCUCGGUUACGCGGCCAAGCUCCGCGGGAUACUAUUGGCUAGGCGUAGAAACACGGCCACUGGAGCGUCUGCCGCUAGUACUAUACGAGCACCUACGCCUGACAACGAAUCGCCCGACGGCAAUGAAGUCGUUGAUGAUCCUGGUGAUGGUAAAAGCAAUGAUUUACUCGAGUCAUGUCCAUUUUUCCGGAAUGAAAUUGGCGGUGAAGGAGAACGCGAAGUCGCCUUGGCUAGAUCGCCCAGUCCUACUGUCGGUGCUCAUCGGCCAUCAUUGUCUUAUGGAGUCUCUGUACUUGAGCCUAUGCCUGGGGAGACACUUUGGAAGCAUACUUGUCCGUUGCGUAAACGACUCUUGCCGAUUGAAAGUGUCGAUGAAGGAGCACGGUAUUACAGAAAAUACUUUUUCGGUAAAGAACAUCAAAAUUGGUUUGGUAUGGAUGAACAACUCGGACCAGUAGCAAUAAGCAUUCGCAAAGACGGAAACCACUACCGCAUUAUUGUUCGUACAUCUGAAUUACUAACUCUCCGCGGGUCAAUACCCGAAGAAGCAUUAGGUUUACGAACUCACCAAGGAUCUCGAAUUCCAACUCGAGAAAUACUAGAGCUCGUAGCCCCGGAAGUACAAUUAGGAUGCCUCAGAUUAGGAACACCCGCAGCGGAAGAAACUCUUGCGAGACUAGAUGAGCAGGGUCUCUCAAACCGUUACAAAGUCGGAGUGCUUUAUUGUCGCACCGGUCAACGGACCGAGGAAGAAAUGUACAACAACCAGCACGCUGGUCCAGCAUUUCUUGAAUUUUUGGAUACAGUCGGUCAGCGAGUUAAGUUACGCGGAUUCGAAGGUUACAAAGCUGGUCUUGAUACUAGAACAGAUUCGACGGGAACUCACGCUGUUGCAGCCACUCACAGAGGAUCUCAGUUAACAUUUCACGUAGUGACAAUGUUACCAUUCACGCCAAAUAAUCGACAACAAUUACUCAGGAAGCGACACAUCGGUAAUGAUAUCGUAACUAUUGUAUUUCAAGAGCCCGGUGCAUUGCCAUUUAGUCCCCGGCGAAUCAGAUCACAGUUUCAGCACGUAUUUAUCAUCGUACGUGCUAUAAAUCCGUGUACAGACAAUACUCAGUACAGUGUUGCCGUAUCACGUAGCAAAGAGGUGCCUAUUUUUGGACCACCCGUGCCUCCAGGUGCAACUUUUAACAAGGGAAAAUCAUUCGCCGAUUUUAUUUUAGCCAAGGUGAUAAAUGCCGAGAACGCAGCUCAUAGGUCAGAAAAAUUUUCUACAAUGGCUACCAGGACCCGUCAAGAGUAUCUAAAAGAUCUAGCUGUUAAUUAUUUAACCACCACAAUCAUCGACACUGGACAGAAAUUUUCUAUGCUGUCAUUUAGCAGCAAGAAAAAGGCACCAAUAAGACCAAGACUGGCCUGUGACGCCUCCCAACGUGGUGCAAUUUGCUGGCAAGUUAUUUUAGAAGAGAGCAAUCAAAGCACCGACUGUUAUUUGGGAAUCUCCGUAGACACAAUCGUGUUAAUUGAAGAGCAUUCACGGCAAACUGUAUUUGUGUCACCCUGCGUCAAUGUAUUGGGCUGGCACGCCCAGACCAACAGUUUGAGGCUGUAUUAUCACCAAGGCGAGUGCAUAAGUAUUCACGUACGUCCAGAUUAUUCAGAGAGAGACGAAAUAAUGGAGAUAGUAGCACGGCUACGAGCAGUAACUCAGGGCUCGCCAGCAUCUGAGUUGUCACUUAAACGGAACUCGUUGGGGCAACUGGGUUUUCACGUUCAGCCUGACGGUGUCGUCACUCAGGUUGAGCCGAUGGGUUUGUCUUGGCAAGCGGGCUUGAGACAAGGCUCGAGGCUCGUUGAAAUUUGCAAGGUCGCUGUCUCGACCUUGAGUCACGAUCAAAUGGUCGAUCUACUUAAAACCAGUGCCCAAGUAACGGUGACCGUUAUACCGCCGACUAAUGACGGGCAGCCACGUCGCGGCUGUUCGCUCCAAACGUGUCAGUAUUUAUCAGCUAAUUAUGAAACCGACUACGAGAAUAUUAACUCUGAAAAUGUUCCGAGCCAACAAGCUGCUCAAACGAAAAGUUACGAGCGAUCUACCAGUCCGCCGAGAUCCAGCAAUAGCUCUGGUUACGGUACUGGUUCUAGUUCGCGGUCUUUCAACGAUCCAAGGUUUAUACAAGACUCUACAAUGUCGUCUAAUAAUAGUAAUAUUAAUAAUAAUAUUAAUAAUAAUAGCAGUAAUAAUGCGAAUUCUAGUACUAGUGUCAUUGCCAGUACAGUUAAUAACGCUGCUGGAGCUUCUAUUAAUACCAGCAAUCAUACCGAUGAAAAAUGGUAUGAUUUGUUCGAGGCUCCUGAACAAGAUGCAAGUCAUCGUAUUGACGGGACUCCACCACCACCUUUACCUGCUAGGCUAAAAGAACGUGAGUCUCAUGGUAAAUCAACAAACGAUCAGUUAAAACAUGAUUACUAUUCUAAAGAACCGAAUUAUGUUUCACCGCGUGUCAUUCAUGAGAGUAAUUAUCAACGACUUGAUGAAGCUAAUCGCAGUCAUAAUAACAAUAAUAAUAAUAAUAAUAAUAAUAAUAAUAAUAAUAAUAAUAAUAAUAAUAAUAGUAAUCAAGAAGAUCCAGCAGCUAAUUACGCAAAAAUACAAAAAGAUCAUUACAGGUACGGAUCAAAUCAUGCCCAUCAAAAAUUAUCUCCUUCAACUUCAUUAGCUCAAAACCAUCAAAACUCUGGUUACAGUUCGAAAUCAAUGGUCCAGAGCAAUGGGAUUCGUUACAGUGAACAAGCUAAUGCUAAUGCUAAUGAUAAUGAGCUGAACGCUCACAGUGCUUACGACAAUGAAACAAGUCGUGUGUUACGGAAGCCAAAGAAUGAUUAUGAAAUUAGAGCAACUGGUAAAAAUGAUAAUUAUGAAGAAUCUCGGGCUGUUGAUAAUUCUAAUGAUUCUAACUGUAAAUAUCGAGAAAGAUCAGUUGGGUAUGAAUUUAAUGGUAAUGAUUAUGAAAGAAAAAAUAAUCACGAUGUUAUUAUCAGUACACCAGAUGUCAAUCGUGUUAAAGCAUUGGGGCUAAAUUAUGAAGUUAAUUUAUCUCACGAUGACAGUAUUAAUACUUCAAGUACAAUAGCGUCGGGAGGAACAGUACGUGAGCCAACUCAUGAAUUUAUAAUUGGAGAAAAGGUAACUUGUCUUAAGAGUAAUUUACCUGAACGUGCUUUAUCCCGUAAAUUAGCCCAUGAGUAUAUGAGGAAAGAUUAUACGUCCUCGAGUUUGCCGCCUGAGGUGAGAAUAUUUGAUGGAAAUAAUCCACCAACAAUAAUAACAGCUUUGGACAUACCAACAGUGCCAAGUGAGGAUGAAUUAACAUUGAAUGCAUGCGAAAAUUCCUCUGCGGUAAGAAGAACUGGUAAACAUCGUCCAGGAAGCGGCAGUAGUGGUAGUAGUGUUAAUUCUAAUGCCGCUGCUGCUGCUGCUGCUGCUGUUACUGCUGCUGCAAAUUCCAGCCCACGGAAUCAAUCGCCGCGGCCUAAAUCUAUUGUUAGAAAUCAACUGAGAAAUUCUGCUAAUUUAACUUCUAGUACGCUACAAGAAGAUCUUAUGAAAUUAAUAAAUCCAGAUUAUAUUGCUGAUGAUAAUACAAUCCCUUGCAAUGCUUUAAAUAACAAUGGUAAUAUUGUCAAUGAUGAUAAUUACUCUGACAAUGGUAAUAAUAGUGAGAAUUAUAAAAUUAAUUUAGUUGAUAAAAGUAAUGAUGUUAAUAAAGUUAUUGGUAAUAAUAUAAGUAAUAAUAAUGAAUUAGAAAUACAGAAUAAAUGUAGAUCUAGAGAAAAUUUAUGCGGUACUUCUACGACGACAUUAAGUGUAUUAGCCUCAGCAAACACAAGACAAGAUAAUAAUUCAAAUUCAAAUGUUAAUGCGGCUUCAGAAGUUAUUUUAACGAAAGCAAGACCCGCUACGGUUAUUUCAAACAGUAAUAACUCCAGUCCAGCACCGAGUGAAAAUAAAAUGACCAAGGAAGAGAGACUCUCACCUAGAGUUACUAAAACACACGUGCCUUUGAAAACAAUAAAUAAUUUAGCUGUGAGGGAUGGUAACAAUAGUAUUAAUGAUGCUGAUGAAGGUAAUGACUUGUGGAAUAAUAGUCAUGAUAAUCAGAGAUUCAAGCAGCACAAUCAAGAAUGGAGUGAUGAGAAAAUUUAUGAGUCUACUAGCAGUGUUACCAGCGCUGCUAAUAAUUCGGUCACUGAUUUACAGGGUCAUCUAUCGAGUUUAGAAUUAAGAGUUGCACGGGAAACUAGAAGACGACUGUCGCUUGAAGAUGAAGUCAGGAGAUUGAGAGAUGAAAAUCGGAGAUUACAGGAUGAGAAUCACGCUGCUGCGCAACAAUUAAGACGAUUUACUGAAUGGUUUUUCCAAACUAUUGAUCAUCAAUAA